AUGACGUGGAAAAAAAUCAAGGCUACUCAAAGCGGUAGACCGUUUUUUGAUGACAUUGAUGAAGUCAUAGUUUAUAUUCAGGACGACAUAGGUCUCUACCAAGAUAACACUAAGCUGGACAAGUUUCAAACGGUCAGAUUCUAUCUAACAAAUAAGCGUUUGAUAUUCAUUAAUGAGCUUUUUCCGGAGGAGAACUAUUACAUAUUACUUCAUGAGAUUCAGGAGGUCUCCUUGUACCAAGGUUUCAUCAAUUCCUCCCCCAAACUAAUACUUGAUUUGGUUAAGACCGAAGGAGAAGAGACGAAAAGGAUGUACAGAAUUUCCUGGAUUUGCACAAUUUGCUCUUUCAGUAACCACGUUCAGUUAGAUAAACCAUUGGCUAAGUUUAAUGAGGCUAACAACGAAAUCAAUUUUAAAUGCUCUAUGUGUGGUAUAAAACCAGAAAGACUUAUACUAAAAGAUGGAUCCUCUAAGGCAGAUUCCUUCGAACCUGAGCUCAAACCCGUAGAAGCAACAACAGCGUCCAAGAGAAAGCACAGGUGUCCUCAGUGUACGUUUGUCAAUCAUCCUUCAAUGCUGAAUUGUGAAAUGUGUAAUUUUCCUUUGAGAGAUAAGGAUAGCUUUGAUGAUUCAGACAUUCUACUUGGAUCCAAAGACUCAACCACGUUCAAAUUGUCUUUUCAUGAUAAAAAAGUUCAGCCUUUUAGUGAUAAACUUCAGCAUUAUAUUGAGAAGAGCCAGCAUGAUUUUCUCAAGCGGUUCAAUAGGAUGAACAUGAACGUCGUUCAGCAACCAGCUUCCCCUGUUGGUCCUUCAAAGGAAACUCCAAAAAAGGGUAUCCAUGAUCUAGAGAAUAAUUCCUCAAAUUUCAUUGAUAGUUCUUUUCUUAAUGAUUCUCUGAGUGGUUUAGGGAGACUAAUGAGACAUGCUGAAAAGCUUAUUCGGCUAAGUGAAUCCAUGAAACCAUUGAUGAUGAACCUGCAUCAGUGUUCACAUGAAAAUCAUCAGUUGAUUUCCCUGUUAAAGUCCAACAAACCUCCCCAUAAAAUCAACAAUGGAAUUAUAGUGGAAUCUGAUACAAAGAAAUCACUUUAUCACAAAGAGGUUGCCCGACAAUUGGUAGAAUUUAUUUUGAAUUACGAUCUGGUGCAAAACGACUUUAUCUCAUUAUGUGAGCUGUACAAGUUGUACAACAAAUCCAGAGGGCUCAAUCUUUUAUCUCCUUCAACUUUCAAACUCAUCUGUGAACAACUUGAAAAUGUAAACUCAAUCGUGAAGUUGUAUCAGAUUGAAUACCACAACAAUAACAGCUUUUACAUUAUUUCGAAAACUAGUUCCACCAAUUACAACCUGUCGAACAAAGUCAAUACGUUGUUGGAGGAAAAUCCGUCAGAUUUGAAACAACUUCAAAUCGCUAUGAACAACUGUAACUUCUCCAUUCUCAAAUCUGUCGUCGAUGAACUCUGCAGUGAAGGUGUGAUUGUAUUGGAUCAGUCAAUCGGAGGCAAUGUAUAUUACAUAAAUCAUUAUUUUUAA